GAAACCUGCACCAGUAGUUUUACACUGACACCAAAUACAGAGGCCAACUUUAGUGAGGACACAAGUGGAGUGAAUGUCAGGGCUAAAAGUUAAGGAGUUAUAGCUGAAGCAAGGAAGGAGACACUGUUUAUCUUAUUGCAAGUUCUUUGUGUGUGAAUAUUGUCUCCUUCAUUACGCAGUAACCAGGAACAAUAGAAAUGGUUUCAUCCGUGAUGCAGCUUUUGGCAAAAUGUUUGUGUGUAUUGUGUCAUGCUGUCGGCCCAACUUUGCAGAUCCAGCGCUGCCAGUUCCGGCUGUUUUGAAUGAAUCUGAAAUUGUGCCCAGCGACUUGAGGAUGAAAUCUGAAGCACUGCCUGAAAAGGUGGCCAGAUUCUUCAAUCCAGUGACAUGUCGGCCCAAAGCAAAUCAAGCGGUGGUACCUUGCCAAGCUGGGCAGCACAUCAACACGACGUUGUGCCUUAAACACGAAUGCUGUGUUUCUUCCAAAGAGCAGUUGGACUGCUACACACCCCUCGAAGACCGCCCCCUACAGAUUCUGCGGUUCUGUGGCAUUGGAGUUGGAGGCAUGAUGAUCAUCGCGUGUCUACCAUUUUGCUGUUUCAUGGUGGAGAGAAGCCCAUGUGCCAACCCGUUACGGAGACGGGCGGAGUCAGAGGAAGACAGUGAGGAAAGCGACAGCACUGAAAACGGAGAGAGCGAAUCUGGGAAGUUAGUUCGCAAAGACGUUGAGAAGCAUCGGACAAGGAAGAAAAGGGGCAAUUAAAUCAUCCAUCACUACGUACCCAAUUCUACUGGAAACAUUGCUUUAUCAAUUAAAAACAUGUAUAU